UUUCAAACAAGGCGUGUGGGCAAGGGUUCUUUAGUCAAGGCGCGAGCCGGGUAGUGCCGCCCAUUCCAGCAACAGGGGGCAUUCUUGUCCAGAUCUCCAUCGCCAUCGCAUCACCGUGUUGGAUCGAUCGCGCUGCUGUAGGGGCGGCAAAUUUAGAUGGCCCGGCUUUGUCCCUGGCGGAGCCUAAUUUGGAGACGCAGGUAGCGCGCGCUGGGCACAGAUCGAGCCAUGGGCAGCAUGGAGCUGUGGGAUUUCGAGAAUCUGGCGGAUGGCCGCGCGCCUAGGGUUGUCCUGGGCGUGGAUGGAGGAUCCACUUCCACGCUGUGUGUGUGUGUAAACGCUAACUCCAGCAAAGAGUCCCCAAAGGUUAUUGGACGAGCUGUGGCUGGCUGCUCCAAUCGCAACAGUGUUGGAGAUGAGCUUGCAAAUGCGGCUCUAGAACUGGCGCUUGCGGGAGCUCUCAAGAACGCGGGAGUUCCUCGCUCGUCGGUCCAGGCGGUGUGCGUGGGGAUCUCGGGAGUGGACACUCGAGACGAUGAGGAGCGAAUGCUGUCCUGGCUGAGCGCACCAUUUCACUGGCAACUUUUUCCGCGCACGUCUCACAUUUUUGCUUACAACGACGCUGUUGCAGCCUUGGCGAGUGGAACUCUCGGAAAGCUCCAUGGCUGUGUGCUCGUCGUUGGAACCGGAACAAUUGCGUAUGGAUUCACGAGUGAUGGACGCAAAACUCGCUGCUCGGGCUAUGGUCCUCUCCUCGGAGACCAAGGCAGUGGCUUUGCCAUAGCAUCGCAAGCUUUGGCAUCAGUAACUCGUGCUCACGAUGGACGCGGUCCUCCUACAGCGCUGUCUGAAGCGAUUCUAAAGCAUCUCCACCUCAAGCAUGUUGACGACUUAAUCAGCUGGGCCUAUACAGAUUCCUCGUGGGCUCGUGUAGCAGCUCUUGUCCCGGUUGUCAAGGCUUGUGCUGCGGCAGGAGACUUUGCUGCUCAGGAGGCUCUCAAUUUUGCUGUACAAGAGCUGUCUUUGAGCGUCAACUCUGUUGUCACUAGACUCGAUCUCGCCGGUGAAGAUGGAAAGCAACCGUUUCCGCUGGUUUUGGUCGGUGGCGUUUUGGAAAAGAAUGACUCGUUCGACCUCGUCUCUGCGAUCGUUCGUUGCGUAGGUGCUUCCUUUCCCGGCGUUGAAGCUAUUCGGCCCCAGGUGGAGCCAGCUGUUGGAGCGGCGUUGCUUGCGCUGAGACAAUCCUCUGUUGCAACGACGAGACUCUGCAAUGGUGAUAUGAGCGCGGCUGAGGUGUAAAACACUUUUUUAACUCGGACUCGAUUUGGCUGACCGUUUGUAAAUUGCUUUGUUAUAAGUGGAACUUUGAAAUGGUUUUAAGAUAAACGCUCCUUGGUGGA